GAUGGAGACGUUACUUAGGGAGUGGAGGAGGUGGGAGCCCUCUGUCCAAUCGUGCUGGAGUUUGUUAGUUUUGAGAGACUCGUCAUUCUUCCUCAGCCUCUUCCUUUCCCGGCGGGUUGCCUCCAAAGAUGUCAGCUGCGGCGGGGCCCGGGCUGGAGGAGCUGAUUUUGUUAGAGACGCUCCUGGGCCUGAAGAAAGGGAACAAGUACGGUGUCCGGGAGGAGCGGAAGAUUCCAGUUCUUCAAACAAAUAAUGGUUCCAGUCUAACAGGAUUGACUACUAUAGCCACCCAUCUGGUCAAACAAGCUAAGAAAGAACAGCUACUUGGAAGUACUGCAGAAGAGAAAGCAAUAGUUCAGCAGUGGUUAGAAUACAGAGUAACUCAAAUAGCUGGACAUUCUAAUAAAGAAGAUAUAAGAAUAAUUCUGAAGGAUCUUAACUUAUACCUUGAAGACAAAGUCUACCUUGCCAGAAACAACUUUACCUUAGCAGAUAUUUUAAUGUAUUAUGGGCUACAUCACAUCAUAGCUGAGCUUACAGUGCAAGAGAAGGAGAAAUACCUUAAUGUGUCUCGCUGGUUUAAUCACAUUCAACAUUAUCCAGGUAUCAGGCAACAUCUGUCUAAUGUCGUCUUCAUGAAGAACAGACUCUAUACUAAUGCCCAUUAGGGGUCUUCAGUGCCAUAUUGGAAGGGUGAUUGGGAACUGAAAAAAUGGGAAAUGUCUGGAUUUCAAAACUGCAUAUUUCAAAAUCACUAACUUGUAAGCAUAGAUGUAUAACCUUCCUUAUGUGAACCAGAACAGCUGAUGCCUAAAGUAAUGAAAUUGCGUUGAGUAACUAUCAUUUAAGAUUUGGACUUAGUAAAAGAAUAGUAUAGUUUAUUUGUUAAAAUGCAACAGUAGUGGAAAAUGGGAAUCAAGAAUCAAGUUUUAACCUUUUUUUUUUUUUUUAAGGGGACUAUUUUUUUACCCAUGUAAUAGCUGAAUCUUUAAUAUCAGACAAAUGAACAACUUGUCCUUCAAUAUUUUGCUAUUUAUUGACCUUUUACAUACUUAGCACUUCAUUAUUUUCAUUUUAUUUUCCAUGGAUGUUUACACCUGUUUUGUAAAUAUUAUGGUAAGAGCUAUAUUGUGUGCCAAGGAUGUGAAAAAGGGAACAGAUAAAUGUGUCAGUUGCAAACAAUAUUUAUGUAAUAAAUUUAUUUAAAAAGUCUA